AUGGAGCUCCGCCGCACGAAGGAUUCUGCCGUUGCCCGUUGCCUCUUGCCUGUCGAGACUAUCCCCGCCCCACCUCCCACAACUCAAAACAUCCCCCCUCUGUCUGUGUACUUCAUCACCAACUCAACAACAACCAUGUCCGGAAAGGGAAAGGGAGGCCGCGGAAAGAAGUCGACCACCAGGUCGGCCAAGGCUGGACUGCAGUUCCCUGUGGGCCGCGUUGGCCGGUUCCUCAAGAAGGGCAAGUACGCGUCCCGCGUGGGAGCUGGAGCUCCGGUGUACCUGGCCGCCGUGCUGGAGUACCUGACCGCCGAGGUGCUUGAGCUGGCCGGCAACGCCGCCCGCGACAACAAGAAGGCCCGCAUCAUCCCCCGCCACAUCCAGCUGGCCGUCCGCAACGACGAGGAGCUGAACAAGCUUCUCGGAGAGGUGACGAUCGCGUCCGGCGGUGUGCUGCCCAACAUCCACGCCGUGCUCCUCCCCAAGAAGACCGUGAAGAACGAUCCACGCUACUACGUCGGAGGAUGCUGA